AUGGAACUCUUGGGUCCUUCUAAUCGCUACGAUUUUAUUGUUGCUAAGAGAUGGAAGCUCAUACGGAAAAUUGGGGCUGGAUCUUUCGGCGACAUAUAUCUUGGUCUAAACAUCGCUAAUGGUGAAGAGGUUGCUGUUAAACUGGAACCCAUGAAUGCCAGACAUCCACAACUGGUCUAUGAAAGCAGGAUCUAUCGCCUUCUUCAGAACACUUUUGCCGUUCCUCGAAUACACUGGUUCGGCUCUGAUGGAAUGAAGAACGAUUACAGAGCCUUGGUGAUGGAUCUCCUGGGUCCAAGUCUAGAAGACCUCUUUAACUACGUUGGUCGAAGGUUCACCAUGAAAACAGUUCUCAUGCUGGCUGAGCAAAUGCUCUGGCGUGUUGAAUAUGUUCACUCUAGAAAUCUUAUCCAUCGUGAUAUUAAACCGGAUAAUUUCCUGAUGGGAAUUGGCCAAAGAUGCAACAGACUAUUUCUAGUUGACUUUGGCCUCGCCAAAAAAUACAGGUUUGCUUUUCUAUUGCCUAAACUGGUGUCAUCAUUUAGAGACAGUCGCACAAAGGUGCAUAUACCAUUCCGGGAUGACAAGAAUCUUACCGGUACUGCCAGAUACGCGAGCAUUAACGCUCAUGCUGGCCAUGAACAGUCAAGACGCGAUGAUAUUGAGUCUCUGGGAUAUGUAUUUAUGUAUUUUCUUAGAGGUCAACUUCCAUGGCAGGGCUUACGGGUGAGUGAUUUUACAUAUUUUUACCUAUAUGCGUUUAUUCUCAAACAUAGUUUAAAAACUACAGACCAUGUAGCCAAGUGUUUAUACAUUAGUCUGUUUAUUUUGUGGGUUAGUGGUUAG